UAAAAGAAACAACCGGUUUAUACCAGAUCUGUUACAGAGCACUGCGCCUCUGUCUGCGGUUACAGCUCCACCGUUAAUCGUUGGUGUGAAGAACAUGGCCCAUCAAAUUUGCUUAGUUUUGGGACUCCUUUCCCUUCUAGGUUCGCACCACUCUAUUGCACAGGAAUGCCCCAAAGCUGAGCAGGCCAAUGACUGUGGAAGUUGCAUCUCUCUGGGUCCAGACUGUGCCUGGUGCAAAUACAAGUAUUUUCAUGAUGAUCAGUUUCCACGCUGUGGCACCCGGAUGAGUCUGCAGAAGAACGGCUGUGGAGAGAAGGACAUGGUGGACCCGCAGAGCCAACACAAUGAGACUGAGAAGGGGGAGAGACUGGACCCGCGCAGGAUCCAGCUACAACUGUGGCCUGGAAGAGCGCAUACAUUUCAGGUCCAUGUGAAGCCCCCUAGGAGACAGAAGCCAGUGGAUGUGUAUUUCCUUACGUCACUCUCAGCCAACAAUGGCGGAAAAGGAAACAGGGCCAAGCUGUUGUCACAGGCGUUCUUCCAAGGCAUCUAUGACAUCAAUGAAGAACGUGACCAAAAAAUAGAAGUCAACCACUUAGGUUAUGGUCUGUUUGGACACACUGCUUUAACAGCCAAGGAACAGAAGCAAUGUGAGGAAGCUGGUCAAGUCUGCGAGCCAGAGCUUCAUAUCACCCACUCUGCAACGGCUCCUAUCAAACCAGGCUACUGGAACAGGCCAUGGCGCACAGAAGCAGGGCUACAAGCUCUGAUGCAGGUGGCCCUGUGCAAGGACCUGGUUAAGUGGGGACAGAAUGACCGCAUUGUCGUAUACGCAACAGACAGUAGAUACCAGCUGGCACCAGACAACAAGACAGAGACUGCCAACAGCAGCAUAUGUCAAAUGAACAGCAGCCACAUUCAAACCAAAAUAAGCCCUCCGUCUGUGUCUGAGCUGCGAAGGGUCCUGCUGGAAAACAACAUCCAAGUCAUUUUUGCCGUUUCUCAGCAUGUCUUUGGUGACUACGCAAGUCUUCUAUCAAAGCUCCCAAGAGCCAGAAUUGUUUAUGUGGAAUUUUCAGACCCAAAAGGUUACAAUUUUGAAGAGCCCUUUGAUAGAAUAAGAACCUCUUUGGUGCUAACCCAUUCACCAGUGCCAGGGCUGAGCGUCACAUACAUCCCGCUUUGUGAUUAUAGCAUUGGUGGAGAAGGGAACCAGGGAAGCUGCUACCCCAGGGGCAGGCACAGGAAGAAGACUCAGAUCUUCAACGUGACAGUAACCUCCGAGACCUGUGUGCUGCCGGCCUCCUUUGAUAUCCAAAGCCUGAAUCCUCCAGAGAAGCUGACGGUAGAGCUGAUCCCUCGCUGUAACUGUGAAUGUGGUGACGCGCCUGAUCCUGAAUGGUGCAACUAUGCUGGAAAUCCAGUUUGCGGCAAAUGCAGAUGUGACAUGGGCCACUUUGGCAGCCUGUGCCAGUGCUCUACAUCUGACAGUGAUGAGCCGUGCAGAGCGAGGCCAGGGGCCCCAGUGUGCUCAGGCAGGGGACAGUGCAUUUGUGGCCAGUGUGAGUGUAGCGCAAGAGAGUUGCCACAUGAGCGCUCCUUUGGCAGCUACUGCGAAUGCGACAACUUCAGCUGCCCCAGGUCCAAAGGACAGAUCUGUGGAGGCCAUGGCAAGUGUGAAUGUGGGACAUGUGUGUGUGAAGAAGACUAUGUUGGCGAUGCGUGUGACUGCUCCACUAGUGUGGAUGGUUGCCAGAGUGCUGAUGGGAACCUCUGUAGUGGCCGUGGGCUGUGUCAGUGCAACAGGUGCGAGUGCCCACCCAUGUACACCGGAGAGCGCUGUGAACACUGCCCCCUCUGCUAGGAGGACCACAUCUACCACCACAGCAUCGGGCUGCGGCCCUGUACACCACACUGG